UGUUGAAUGGAGAGUUUUUCUUGAGUUCGACGGUGUAACGAUUUAUCACAUCGACCACUAGCCAUCUUCUCGAAUUGAAGAAUCUUACGUAUAGUUUCGUAUGGCGAACAGUUCGAGGUUGUAUGGAAAGGAGGAGAAGAUGCGCUGCAAUCAACAAAUCGGAGUAACUAUAGUUGUAUAAUAUAAAUAAUUAGUCAUUGGAAUUUCGUCAAGUUGUGUAUCAUAAUAAUUAGAUGUUAUUAACAAUUAAUAAAACAAUAUACACUAGGCCAUUAGGCCAUUCGCAUCACCGGUAAAAAGUUUGCGAAACCAUCUCUUGAACUGAAAUGAAGAUAACUUUGUGAAAUAUGAGCAUAACGAUUGCAAAAAAAUUCUAAAAUUCUCAUGUACACACACUUGCGAGCUUUUCGAUACUUUGAUCUCGUUCUAUUAGAUCAUCUUCACCGAGAUUUCUUCUGCCAUUUCGCCCCGUAAUGUGAAAUGGAAAAUUUUUGGCGAUAGCCGUAUCAGGAAAUAUUUAUUUAAUAAUUCUCCGACCACCAUGAGGUGGUAACAGCAGUUCCAUGGCACAACCAGCGAGUGCUAAGUACGAACUACUGUUCCACCCACGUAAAGUUAGAUACCCAAGUUUUCUAUCUUGUUGGCAAUCGAUAAAUUAGAACUUUGACGUCGACUGUUCACGGCUCAUCUGUUGCAUCUCAUUCGAUUAUCAUCGAACAAAUCAGGAGAGAAGAGAUAUUUUUUUCAUGAUGAAAAAAAAACAACAACUCCGUAACCAUCUUUUCCGAUUAGCGAUCCUCUUUUUUGGCUCAUGGAAAUUUCCCGAGAUCAUAUUUCAGGUACAACAGUGCUGAAAUACAUAAUAAUACAGGUACUCGGAGGGCAGCUGGGACGUCGUUUUUCAUCGCCUGCCCUUAAGAGCUCGGGAUGGAAGGAACCCUUGGAAAGCCUCGGCUAGCUUCUACAUAAUUCCGGGAGUAAUCCUACAGGACGCUCGCCCUGAAAUAGAGUCGAGGGGUUUGUGUGGCUGGUGGUAUUUGCCAUGCUAAUUUCUGAAGCAAGUUCCGAAGACCCUUUUCUCCGUGCGGAAAGCCGAAAUCAGCAGCUUCACCCGGUUUUUGCCUUCUUUUUCUUUUACCCCUCAAAUUUACUCCUCCCUGUUCCUUUAAAUUAUCGAUUUGUAACAUCUUCGUUGACGAAGGCGAUAAAUGGUUGUUUCAUCUAAUAUCAUUAUCAUUAUUAUCAUCAUGACCUCUGAUCGUAUACAGCUCUGCGCCGACUAAGGGCAGUUUCUGUAGGUAACUCGUUAGUGGCGACGUUCUCGAAUGAAAUAGGAUUCUCGUUACAUCCGUAAAACGCCCCUGGGGAGCCGUUUUGUCCCAUACAUUUACCACAACCACCCUAAAACGCAGCUUCGAAUUCACUUUCAGAGAAAAUUUUCUUAAUCAUCUGAUCUAGGAUCAAGGGCUCGAUUUUUCGGUUAGAAAUUUUUUAUUAUUCUUGUUUGUAGAAGCUUAGUAAAUCCCGAGGGAUUGUUUCAUCCGUCCUUUAGGUGGCUAUGUUACAUACGUACUACCACAUUCGCAGGAAUUCCGGGGGACAAAAGUAGGUCGAAUACAGCGCGGACCGACCAGUUUGGGUAGCUAUUUCUUCCCCGGGGGUGAAUUCGGGUGAUUUAGUGGGAAUUCAAUGGGAACAUCGGGAUAAAGAUGCGCGACCGGGAUAUGAGCCUUCUUUCUUUCUCCGCUUUCGGGUAUAUGAGGUGAACUUUUUCGCCUUUCACCACCGACAAUUCUGCAGUGUGUGACGGUGAGAAAUUUUUAUGUUAUGCGCAUGUACGUACGUACAUACAUACGAUUUACGAAAUUCCAAGAGAACGAGGAUUGUUUGGAUCUUCGGAUUCCGGUCGGUAUCAUAGAAUCAAUUUUGGGAUCGGGGUAACGAAAUAAAGGUGAUAUCAUGGCGAGGAAACUUCUAAACAGCGGCUAUUAAAACGUAAGCGCUGGGCAUCUAUGCUGCAAUGUAAUUUGUAGAGGUAAUAGUGCCGAAACUGUGAAAUUCCCGUUCCGAAUGCAAACGGUUUUAUCCCACAGAAUUUUAUAGGCAAUCGGUCCGACGACAAGGGUAGGAAAUAUCUCCAUCCCCGCUUUGGCUCCAGUGAAUAAUUGAUCGAUUGAUUUAUAUCGAUUUCGGCGAUUGAACAUUGCCAAAACUAAUUUAACUUUCUUCCCGAAUAAACGUUCAAGCUUCGGAAGAGGGAUGCGUGAGAAACCUGAAAGCCGGAAUAGUACGGAGUAAUACGUGAAAUGUGUACCGACAAAUUUUCAAUUAUUACCCCGGAAGUCCACUUCCAUGAAAUUUCCUGCGGCAAUGAACAAUCGCGUUUAAUUACCUGUCUCAGCCGAACAAGACGUGAUUUGGAAUAUCGACGACGACACGGGUAGGUAUUUAUUUAGUCAGUUUCCUGCCCAAGUAUGAGUAAUACCUAUGGUAAUAUGUACUUAUCGAGUAUGUGCCUAACUGUAACUAUCUCCCAAAGGAUUGAGAGAGAGGUAGUGUAGAACUCGUGGAACGUUGCGUGCAUCGAUUACAUCGACGCUUCUAUCAUGACAUGCGCUUCGAUAAUACGGAAUUGUUACAAUUCCAUUUUUAUCCUCCUUUAUCGUAAAAUACAUUUUUCCUGCAAAGAGUCCCGGUGACUGUAUUUGGGUGUAUAAUUUUCGAAAAUUCCGCACACUAAUUUUAUGGCGAAGGUUUAACGAAAUUAGAGGGACAUCUUUCUUUCUCUUCCUGAUCUUCAUUCGACAGCAGGAAUAAACAUUUUAACCUGAACUACUUGAAUGAAUUGUCAACACAUUUAUCAAGAUUUUUCAACAGCCAAUCGGAAAUGUCAAAAUUGUUAAGAAUCACUCGAAUCGCUAUUGAAUUAUGCGGUCUGAUUUCGAAAAUUGUUAUUCGUUCGAAUGAAACAAAAAAGCUUCGACGUAUGAAAUAAUUUGAAAAACGAACGGUUCAACAUUAUCCCCUGAUGAUAAUUAGCUGCGAUAUAUCUACCCGCUGUUAUGCGAGAGCAGUGCUUUUGUCUUGGAAGAUUUUCGUCAAAUUGAAUGAAAGGCUUGAAAAAGGGACGAGAAAGGAUAGGUAGCGAGGAGUGGUUUUUAAGUCAGUAUCCACUUUUCGUUAAACUUUCUUCGCCUGUACGUAUGUAAAUAAUACAUACAACGUUUUGCUCGCAUGCACGCGAGAUGGUAUGUUGAGCGGGCCGAGGGGGUCGAUGUGUUCCCGGGUGCCGAGGCCUCUAUUCCCCCUUCAUCCCUCCAACCCUCCGGGUUCUCCAGAGCAGAGAAGCGGGAGGAGAAAGAGGAGUCAGAGGAGAAACCUGCUAGGGGUGGCUGGCUGGUUGGUUGCUGCCGACUCCUCAGUUCGAUAGGGGUUGCGGUAGAAUUCGGGAGAGGCGUAAAUAUAUUCCGAAACUCGGUAUUCCCGGGAAACUGAAGUUCCAUCGUCGGGAAAUCGAGAAACAGAGUCAACGCGCGAGUGUUAAAAUCGACGAACGGUUUCGUAAAUCUUUUAAAUAUUUAUUUUACUUGGUUGUUUUUUUCCAAUUUGUGCGGUUCGGUGACGGUGCAGGAACGGCCGGGAUAAGAUCAGUUCUUCUCGUCGGGAUCGGAGAAGAGUCAAGAGAAAAGGAAUUAGGUGUCCCAGUUAUCAGAGUUCCGCCGGUUGGCAUCUCAUCGUUGUCAAAAUGUAGCGCGCGGCAAUGAACAUCGAUGCGUUGAUCAAUGGUCAACAAUUUCCACACGUGGGUGAUUGCGCAAUGAAAAAACGGAGACCUUUCAAUUCCCAGCUAACAUCGUAAUCGGGUGAAAUCUACGAAUUAUGAGCGGCAUGAAAAACGCACGAAGAGCAAACAUCAAGGGUGUCCGAAUCGCAGCAUCCUUUCAAGCUACAGAUUCCAGGAGUGGUUAAAACAAAUUCAAAGACCGCGGGGCGGCGGGGGGGAGGGGGGGUGGGGGCGGGCGGGCUAGUUGGAUUUUUUUCGCAGGAGCCCGCAGGGUCCAUGGCCCCCGGUUGGUCCCGUAUUUAUUGGUGGUGGAGGUUUGCCGCUUUUAUCUCAGCCGGAUGGUUGUGGUCAGCAUCAAGUGCGGAAGAAACGGCGUCCAGCUCUUCCUCCUCCUCCUUAUUUACCUCAAUCCUACGGGAGCAAUCACCGCAUCGAUUACAAGUACAGCAACAAAUUAUCCCCGGAGAAAACAUCCUCGUAUACCUGAAGGAACAGUGCGAUAACGCUGUAAAUUUAACGGACACAGUAAACUUCAUGGAGAAUUAUCAAAAUCACAAUGCUACAAACACACGACUCACCCUGGGGAUGCUCCCGAAAUCAGUCAUUUGCGAGUCUCGUUCUCGAGGGCUAGGUGCUUUAGUGGACGCCCUUGGACGUAGUACGACCAAAGCCUUGAUCGCAGCGGUCGAUCCAGACACCUGUGAAGUAGCUGGGAGACUCGCUCACCUCUGGGAUAAGCCCUUCAUCACCUGGACGUGCCCCUUGAGAAGCGUGGAGGACAGAGACAUAUCCUCGGUUAUAAGGCUCUCACCCUCCCUUCCAGCGAUCGCUCAAGCACUGGCUGAAAUCCUGACGCAUUUUCGAUGGAAGUCCGUCGCUAUGGUCAGCACAGAUCAUAACCACUGGCCGAGCAUGGACCGUGCUGUAGUAGGAACACUACGUAGCAUCGAUGCUCUUCCAAGACACCACGUAGUUUUAAAUUCACAUGCGACCCGGAAACAAAUUCACGCAUCGCUUAGACCAUUACACACAGUACCAUGUCGAGCGAUACUUCUCUGUCUACCCGCCGACUCGGAUUUGGCUACUCGGGUUUUAACCGAGUUAGAUACAAUCCAGGGUAGCCACGCGCCAAUUUCCGCUGUUAUUCUCAUCCAAACGGAAGCUCCGGAUCUUUUUUUACCAAGACAUCGCUCCAGAAAUCCAGGAAGUUAUAAUACUUGGAAAAAUGCUACCCAACGAAAAUUUUCACAAGAUUCCAAUUACGAGGAGAAUGUAAUUAUCGAAGCUGCGAAUAAAACCCCGAAAAGAUUCGUCCCAAACGUAAGCCUCAGUGAAACAAUCCGCGAUAAUUUACUCGUCAUGGUGCCCUUCGAUCAAAGGUACAAUGUUGAGCGAAUUUACAACGGUACUUCAACUUAUCCCGAUAAUUCACUGGUUAACCUUUUGAAAGAGUGCCUAGAGAUUUUGUCAGCCGAUGACCUCAAUGGCAAGGUCAAUUCUUACAACAAUAAAAUGUACGCCUACCUUCUCCUCGACUGGCGUCACGGGGCCUGGAAACCUGUGCUCAGGGUUUUAGAGUCGGAUGAAAAGCUCGUCCUCGAAGUCCUUAGUAAGGACGUCAGAACAGACGACGGCAUAUUUUCUCCACCCUGCGACGAGGAAGGCGAAUGUAUCGAUGGUCAAGUUCCUUUUCGAACCGCACAUGUAAUCGUGAUUAUUUUGGUAUCACUAUUUUUUGCUCUCGUUACGAUAACGACGACAGCUCUGGUCAGGAGGCAUUUGCUCAAGCAGAGGAUGUCAAAGGGACCAUAUAAGAUCAUUUUAACUGCAACUGACUUCGUCUUCCCUCAAGUUUACGACUCACGAGGGGUGGACGAGGGAAUCGAGGCCAUGCUCUGUUGUUGGCUGCAGCAACUUCAGGAAUUUGGUGGACCGGAAGUAGAAAAGCCUGAUUUACUUCAAGGCAGCGUUGGUUCCCUGAAACCACAUCUUCAAGCCAGUACGGGUAGCUUAGCUCGGCACACUAUUCUGAAGGAUCACCGUGCGAGGUACAAUGGUGAUUUGGUGGAGCUGAAGGAAGUACCUUGCCAAGGAGCCUUCGAGCUCAAAAGUAAAGCAAUGGAUGUUCUCGUGACUAUUCACGGGCUGAGACACGAGAAUCUAAAUCCUCUGAUCGGUUGCCUAACCGAACCAACACGACCGUGUUUAGUAUCUGAAUAUUGUUCCCGAGGUUCAUUGGAGGACGUGUUAGUUCAAGACGAAAUAAAACUAGAUUGGUCAUUUCGUUUGUCUCUUCUGACUGACCUGGUCAGGGGCAUGAGAUACCUUCACGGUUCUCCGAUUCGAGUGCAUGGUUAUUUAACAUCAAGAAACUGCGUCAUAGAUGCCCGUUGGGUGCUCAAAGUGUCAGAUUACGGUCUUCCAGCCUUUUACGACGCUCAAAAUGCUAUGCCACCCCCAAAGACCGCUAGAGAUCUUCUUUGGACUGCACCCGAACUUCUUAGACACACCGGUCUUCGAAAAAAGGGGACACAACCCGGUGACGUUUACAGUUUCGGUAUAAUAAUGCAAGAAGUCGUCGUACGAGGUGCGCCAUUUUGCAUGUUGGGUUUAUCCCCAGAAGAUAUCAUAGAAAAAGUGAAAAAACCACCACCCCUAAUCAGACCAUCCGUAAGCAAAGGCGCCGCUCCACCCGAAGCUAUAAAUAUAAUGAGACAAUGUUGGGCCGAAGCGACUGAUUUAAGACCAGAUUUCAAUGCAGUUCAUGACCUUUUCAAAAAGCUCAAUCAUGGAAGAAAGGUCAAUUUUGUGGAUACCAUGUUCCAAAUGCUUGAAAAAUACUCGAAUAACUUGGAAGAAUUGAUUCGAGAAAGAACCGAACAGCUCGAUAUGGAAAAGAAGAAAACGGAACAGCUUCUCAACCGCAUGCUGCCGAGUUCCGUUGCUGAAAAACUGAAACUCGGGGAGCCAGUGAACCCCGAGGAGUUCCGCGAAGUGACCAUAUACUUUUCUGAUAUCGUCGGUUUCACAACGAUAUCAGCUUACUCAACACCUUUUCAAGUAGUCGACCUUCUGAACGAUCUUUACACGUGCUUCGACGCCACUAUCAACGCGUACAAUGUCUACAAGGUAGAAACUAUAGGAGAUGCUUACAUGGUCGUAGGGGGUUGCCCGGUUAGAAUUCCGGAUCAUGCAUCUCAAAUAGCCACAAUGGCUCUUGACCUUCUUCAUCAAAGUGGAAAAUUUAAGCUCAGACAUUUACCCAAAAUGCAACUGAGGCUCAGGAUAGGUCUUCAUACCGGUCCUUGCUGCGCGGGUGUCGUGGGUCUGACUAUGCCACGUUACUGUCUAUUCGGAGACACUGUGAACACCGCAUCUCGAAUGGAAUCAACCGGAGCAGCAUGGAGGAUCCAUCUCAGCCAGGCAACCCGAGAUCGAUUAACGCAAGUUGGCGGAUACCAGAUCGAAUACAGAGGUCGGACCGAGGUCAAGGGUAAAGGUAGACUCCCCACAUACUGGCUAUUAGGCAAACAGGGAUUUGACAAGGAACUUCCGGACCCACCCCCGCUCGGAGAAAGUCACGGACUAGACGAGAGUCUGAUCAUCGGAAACAUGCCCAUGAGUUGCGACCAGUCCGGUUUAGCGACACCCCAGAUACUUGGUGCGUCCGCGUCGGAUGAAGAAAGUUCUGGAGAGUGCAGCGGUUCAUUUGCCACGACAUCGGGAGGGCACGCAUCUCCCUCAAGAGCGAAAUCAUCCUCGUCAGGAAUGAACAGUGACCAUCUUCACGACAUAUUAGAAGCUCGUAAUGCCUUCACCAAAAGAGUGUCCGCUUCCGUCCAUGAUGAGAAAAUCCUUACCACCAGCUUCUCCCUGAAAUCAAAUGAUGUCGUUGUCGAGAUAUUCCGAGACAUGGUAAAAACUCCUGAAUACAACACCAGCGCAACGGUUACAAAAAGCACUUCCGGAGACACUCAAAUGUCCUUAGGGACUCCGGUUUCAGCAACGGAAGUCGCUGCCGCACUUCUCGGCGCUUCGACAACGUCCUUAACUUCCGUUACCGGAUCAGCUUUUCGCGGAAGACAUAGAAGAGUCGGUGUCAUUGAUGAAGACGACCUUAGUACACCCUAUAAUCAUUACAGAUGUCUUUCCCCGAACGAACAUUACGGUAAAAGCAGUGGCUGUCGUUUACUCAAGAGGCAAUUUAGUUUGGACCGUGCUGACGAGCCGUCCGCACUUUCGGAGCCACAAAUAACACGCCAAACUCCACCAAGACUUCACAAACAGAAUAGCGCAGGAGCCGCUAAUGACCUCGAAAGAAUCGAAGAGGACCCAUCGACCCCUGGGCCUCAAAGUUACAGAUACGCAACUUCGAUGUCGCUUUCUGUGGAGUCCCUAUCUUUGCAUUAGAAUAAAUGUAUCGGUUGAUUUCAUGGCUAGAAAAACAAGAGAAUGAUUGUUAUUAUAAUCCGGUCUUCGAACUUCAAAUGUCUGUCGAUAUAUUCCUCAUUUUUUUGUCGUCGUUAUUUUUUCUCUUCUGUUUCUGUGCAUGAUGAUGUACGAACGUUUGUUGGUAGACCUGUAGAUUUCGGGAUGAAUCGAGGUAUUGACUGCUUACUCGGAGUUUGUUCGACAAUAAUGAUAACAUUACACUUUUCGUCUCACAGAACGUCGUAGUCAUUGCCAUCGUUAUCAUUAUCAUUAUCAUUAUCAAUGUUGUUGUUGUUAUGAUCAUUAUCAUCAUCAUUAUUAUUAUUUUUGUUGUUGUUACCUUUACCAUUACUACUAUUGUUGCUCCCGUUGUUUUAGUUUAUUAUCAUUGUGAUAAUGAUCAAAAUAUAUCAUACAAUACAUGGGGUUCCACGUCAUUUGGAAAAACCAAAAAAGUCACCUUCUUCGAUUUUCCGACGAUGGAGUCCAACCGUUUUUGAGUUAUGAAUUUUUGAAAACUCAAAACAGCGUCCUGAUCGAUUUUUUUGAAAAAUUUCUCAAAAGUACUAUGGCCAACGAUAAAUAUUUCUUCCUUUGAAAAAAGGGUAGCAAUUUCUUUUUCUAUUUUUUCCUUUUUUUUUUAAAAAAAAAAACAACAUUUGUUUCAGUUUGUUUCCUCAAACUAAUUGUAAGUCAACAAUUGACGUGUUAGGAAAUAGAACGUUUGACAUGUCAAAACAAAAAUAAAUAAAUAUAGGGAAGUUGGAAAAAAUUGAAAAAAAUCGAUCACUGCGCUGUUUUCAGUUUUUCAAUUUUUCAUAAUUCAAAAUUCAAAAUGGGCUCGACGAAAAAAUUUGAAAAAAAUCCCGAAAGUGUUUUGAACCAAGAGCUAUCGUAAAGAAAAACUCGCUGGAGAACUCAAAGAGGGUAACUUUUUUUGGUUCGACGAAAUGACGCAUAAUUCCCCAUAUAUAAAUAGUCAACACUAUGGUAGUUUAUAUUGUUAGUAGGGGUGAUUUGGAAUUCAGAUGCUUAUUUGAUGUAAAAGUAAACAAAGAAUUUCCUAUGUUAUUUCUGUGAGAAACUUUGGUUACGAAACCGGGCUAUCUUAGAGUUGAGAUAAAAAUUCCAAAUUUUCAGAGAGUUUUUUUCAUCAAUUUGAGAGUAUUCGAGACUUUGGGAGAGUAAAAAUUCUGUAUCACCCUUAUUAAGAACCACCAUAGCAUACUUCUACUCAUAAUACAAAGAUAAAUUGAAAUGCCAAACUACCUCCCUGAUAGUAGAGACACCAAUAUAUUUUACUGUUAUUUGAUAUUCGUAUGUGAUUAUCCCCAUGUAGUUCAUAAAUUAAUCAAUUAGUAAGUAACGGUGGUAAAUGGAAAAAAGUAGAAAAUAUACAGAUACAUAUGUAUGGUGAUUAAUAUUGAAUUAUAUUUAAAAUUUGGGCAUGAGGCUGCUGGACGGCACUCUGUAAUGAGCAAAAGAAAAUUGUAUCGUUAUAUUAAUUUGUCUAAUUUAACAGCCUAAUUAAUUAUGCACACGGUGGGAAACAUAUAUUUAUAUAAAUAUAUCAUGCCAUUAUACUUACACUUUCGGAGGGGCCACGUAAAACUUUGUUUUUUUUUUUUAUUUUAUCUGACAAUGAAAUAAGAAAACACAAGUUUCACACGUUCACCCCAUGCAUAUGAAUGUUUACAUACGUUGGCGAGCAAAAAGUGAAUCAUCAGCUCAUUUUUUUUUAUUGAAUCUGCAUUUGAGCACCUGGAAGUUGAUCAUUAUUCCUCAAAAGAGUGACAAAAAUUCGAUAUUUCUACGAGCAUUUCACAGAAUUGAAAAAUAUGGAAUUCCGGCUCCGCGUUCGCCCUACUACCUACAUAUACUAUAAAAGUUAAAUCGGUAAUACACUCAAUUAACUAAAUGAAUACGUGCAAAACUCGAGCUAUCGCUGAUGCUCAGAAUUCAUCGAUUGCAAUAACGUAGAAAUUACCAUUAUCAUAGAUAUAUCGAACCUAUUAUCAUAGAUAUAUAUCUAUGCUAUUAUCAUAACAGACAACGUGAACGUCAUGGAUUUAGAGCAUCUCGAACCAGUGUGCAUGAAUACGCACUUUUUCGAUCGGCCUAAUCUUACAGUUGAUUAAUUAUUUAACUCACUGAAAUUUGGCAAUUUUAGGAGAUUUUUUUUUUUUUUUGUUCGCAUGACAUUAAACUUCUUUUUUUUUGUUUGUUCGCUUUCCUCUCUGAAUUUUCGUUAUGCUGCUAAUUUGUUGUGUGACUUUGUUUUCAUUGGAAUGACGAGAAAAAAAUCCUUCCCUUCAACAAUAAUCUCUAUGAUAUGCAUAUACAUAUAUAAAGUUAAAUUAUACAUGUAUCACAUAUUAUAUACUGCGACGGACAAUUACUAUAAUUAUCACGAACACAUAUUAAUGAACAUAAAAUUUACGAUUGGUAUCAUUGAUAAAAAUGGCGAAUGUCACUAAUAUUAGAUGCGACGGUCAAAGAUAUAUCGCGGUUUAAUAAUCAAUAAAAUAAUUAUGGUAAAUAAAGUUCUUUGAUGAGCAAUAAUUACAUCAACAAUAACAAUAAUCGUUACAACACUUGAAUAAAUGAAAGUGAAUUUUGCUAAAGAUGACGUGGGGUCUCAAGAUAAGCGUCUUGAGUACCGCAACAUGACUCAUACAUAGUGUACGUACAUGAACAAGUUGUACAUACAUUUGUAGCAUUCCCGACGGUAGCAGAUAAGUGUAAUCGUCAUUUAUCGCAGCAAUGUAGGAAUUAAAUUAUAUUGUCGUUCAUAGUAAAUAUUCGUCUGUAUAAUAUCGUAGAUAUAUCAUGUUAUACUAAUGUACAAAAUAACAGUCAUCGAUGUAGUAUACACGUACCACCCGUACAUUCGACCGAGAAUUAUGAAAAUAAUAUUAAUUUCGUUGCAUCUAUUUUUUCUUAUGAAUUUUGUAUCUUUCUUCGUAAUGCGCACGCUAACAAUUACUAAGAACUCUGUUGAGAAUACUGCGGAUUGACAAUUAUCAUUGAACUGACCGUGUAUGAUGUGAAUUUUAUAUCUUUACAAUUGUAACGAGUCUAUGCGUGUACCAUAUAACCCUAUAAUUUAUGGAAGUGAAAGAGGAAAAAAGAAAAGUAACCGUCUCAAGAAUAAUGUGACGCCGCGUGUAUUAUGAAUAUACACGAGAUGAAUGAUACGCAAAAUAUGUUAGAAAUUUGAUCCAUUCGCGGAAGAUUUUCUACAACAAUUACGCAUCUGUUGAAAAACGAAAAAUGGUAUCUACUCGUAACUGUCAUGCAUAGAUCGAUCGACAAAAGAAGUGAAGAAAAAUAGGUACAUAGAAUGAAUAUUUAUCAUAAAACGUAGUAAGACAAUCGUUGACAUAAAUUAAAAAGAAAAAAAACAUAAAUAAUGAUAAUUAUUUUACUAUAUGUCAAAAAAGAUAAUAAUUUAUAAAUAGUUAUUUACAUGAUGUUAUAAAUAUAUUUGGCACAUUAGCGAUAAAACACAUGAAUUCCAUGUAUAACAUACCUAAUAGUUACAACGGUAAUGAUAAUAAUAGUAAUAAGAAGAAGAAUAAUAAGAAUCAUGUAUCUGCAAAUUAUAAUUAUAGCUCGUAUUUUCUAACAAUGAGACGAAAAAGAGAAACACAUACGACGCCGAGGGGCAUUCUUUUCAGGGUAUCGUUCUAAAUGAUUCUUGUAUUAUUCUACCCCCAAAAGGCACCUCUGGUGCAAGGAAAUUCACGAAGUGUACAUUGAAUGUUCAAGAUUAACCACUGCUCGAGAACCUUUCACAUAAAAAAAAAACAUCCUUCGAGAGUAAAAAUAGAUCCAAACCAAUCAUUGUGUCAAGUACAUGUGACUUCGAUCCAUCUAUAGAAAAAAGAAUUAAAGUUAAUCCAAGGUGAUGGAACUUGGCGAUGUAUGAGAAUGAGAUUUUGGAUUUUUUUUUUUAUCGUAAACAGCCCGCUGAGUUCGAAUGUGACUCCAGUAUCGAAAAAAAAAAAAAGAAUUGCCAGGUAUGAUGCGAAGUUAUGCAUCACUCCAGCAGUUUUAUACACUCCAGGUGUGGAUUUGCACCUCAUGCAAAAGUUUCGACAAUUUUUCAUCAUUAAUGGUAAAUAUUUCACGCCGAUUUCGGUAUUUCAUGUUUUUCGCCAUUAUUUGAGGGACAUUUUCCGCUUUUCAAAUUGCAAUUAUUUCCAUGAUUCUCAGACAAUUGCAAAAUGAGAAGGCACCUACCAUCGACACGCGAAUGCGGGUUGCACCCUCUUCCCUAGCGCUACUUUCCAUUUAUUUCGUCGUCUUUAUUAACUUGAACUGUUCUAUUCUAAUCCCGAAAUUUUCAGACUGGACUUCCUCGUACUUCAUAGAAAAAAAUGUCAAUUUUUUUCAAGUGCUAUUUUUCUCAUAGGAAAAAACUGAAGUUUUUCUAGAAAUCCUAUUUUCUUCACAGAAAAAAACAUAAAUUUUUCUUUCGCACCAGAUAUACCUUUUGAGGGGACUUGACAACUUUUAUAUGAUAUAGAUGAAUAUUGCAGUAUUGAUUAGUGUUUUUUGAUUAGACUAUUGUUGUAAGACAUUGUUCGGGUGAAAAAAAAUUGUUACCACCACAUUUCCGAAUGAUUGUUGUAUUAUUCGAUAGAUAGUAUGUAGUUGGUAUACUCGUAAGUAUUCGAUUAUUUAGAUUCAAUUGGGAGAUAAUUAAUGUGAAUUUAAUUGUUUUUGAUUCAUCUGCUGUCGACUCGAUAUUUUCAUAUUCAUCAUAAUUCAUUCAAAGGUGCAAUUGAUACCUAUGUAAAUAAUAUUAUUAUUUUAUUUGACCUUACUUCGAAGUGUAACGUUGCGAGUAGCUGUUUUUGCAACAGAAUCUUUAUUUGAAGAUUUUUGCUGCUACUUGACGAAAAAGUAGAAAUUUCACUCAAAAUGUUUAUUUUAAUCGCACAAAUUACGUGGAAAUUUCCCUUUGGACGUGUGAUGACCUUUCCGAUCAAAGAUAUUUGCAUAAACAAAAAGAGACCUGCGAGUUCACCGAUAUGCUAAUUAUACAUAUAGCCGGUAUCGGCUCUUUGGAAAUGAUAGAUUGCUUUAUUGAUUGUCAUUUAUUAAAAUGUCGAAAAGCAAAAAUUACGAGACCACAGCAAAAUUAGGCCAAAGCUAAUUGUAAGUCGAAAAUCUUACCAGAUGGUAUUUCUUUUGAGCUCCCCUGAAAAAUUCAAAACUGAAGAAGAAAUCCAACCAAAAUGGCGGGAAGCUUUUCGGGAUUUUGGUCGAACUAGGACGGAGUGCAAAACACGUCUGAAGCUUCUUAUAUUGGUUUCAAAUAAUUUGUUUGAUGGAAAAUACAGUGUAAACUGUUACAUCUGUUUUAUAGCACGUAUAUAUUUGAACUGAACAAAAAAUAACUCCUGCAGGAUAAUUCUAUUAAUUAUUCAAAAUUAAUCGAUGUCGUUAGAGAAUAAUAAUGAUUGUUACAGAUGUAAGUAUCACAAGGGAAGCUUGCAAGGACAAAAAUGAUAUUAACUAUAAACAUAUACUACCAUAUUUGCGUCAUACUUCUAUGUGUAUACAAGAAAAUGUGUGUUUGUAACUUUUAGACACUGUUGAAAAAACUCGAAAUCAAAAUUACUGACAAAAUAGCAAUGUAAAUAGAGGAAAACGUACUUGCGGGAUAGGUACCUACUCAAUAGCAAUAAUAAAAAUGAUAACCGUA